GCGAGGGCCGCCCCGUCACGUGACUGCUGAUUCAGAGCGUGUGGCGAGUGCUUGGUCGUCUCCCGCUUCCUGGAUUCUGGCGUCAUGGCUGCCGCCCUUUCCCUCUCUCCACUGCUUCCCCUUCUGGGUCUCCUGCUCCUCUCCGCUCCGCACGGCGGCAACGGCCUGCACACCAAGGGCGCCCUUCCCCUGGACACCGUCACUUUCUACAAGGUCAUUCCUAAAAGCAAGUUCGUCUUGGUGAAGUUCGACACCCAGUACCCCUACGGUGAGAAGCAGGAUGAGUUCAAGCGUCUGGCUGAAAACUCGGCCUCCAGCGAUGAUCUCUUGGUGGCAGAGGUGGGGAUCUCAGAUUAUGGUGACAAGCUGAACAUGGAGCUGAGUGAGAAGUACAAGCUAGACAAAGAGAACUACCCAGUCUUCUACCUCUUCCGGGAUGGGGACUUUGAGAACCCAGUCCCAUACAGUGGGGAGGUUAAGGUGGGAGCCAUCCAGCGCUGGCUAAAGGGGCAUGGAGUCUACCUGGGUAUGCCUGGUUGCCUUCCUGUGUAUGAUGCCCUGGCAGGAGAGUUUAUCAGGGCCUCUAGCAUGGAGGCCCGCCAUGCCCUUCUGAAACAGGGGCAAGACAACCUCUCACAUGUGAAGGAGACUGAGAAGAAGUGGGCAGAGCAAUACCUGAAGAUCAUGGGGAAGAUCUUGGAUCAGGGUGAGGACUUCCCAGCAUCAGAGAUGAGCCGGCUCACCAAACUGAUAGAAAAGAACAAGAUGAGUGAUGGGAAGAAGGAGGGGCUCCAGAAGAGCUUGAACAUCCUCACUGCCUUCCAGAAGAAGGGGGCUGAGAAGGAGGAGCUGUGAAAACUCUGGGGUCUCCUGGGGUGGGGAGAGGAGAAUUUGCCUGUUGGCUGUGAGGAUCUUUGUGAGAUAAAAGGUGAUGGACAAAGUGGCAUCAAACCAGAAACCUGAGCCCUGUGAAUGCCUGGACAUUGUUGCUGAUGCCCCCAUGCUUAGGCAUCUCGAGCUAGUGGGGAGAGCUUGAGUGCUUCUUUACACAGCUAGGGAAAUACCGCCUCAGAAGGAAUUGGUGCUAUAAAGAGGAAGGUACUGCCCAGGUCCUUGACAAGUAUAAUUCUGAACUAAUAAAAGUGUCAGUGUUUUGAUUAAA